UCAAGUAGAGUGAAAAUCUUUACAUUAUAGUGGAAAGUAAAUAUGGUGAAGACGAAAGCGCCCCAGGAAAAGAACAUUCAAGUGGUCGUACGGUGUCGGUGAGUUGCACACAAAGACGAUGGCCGUGAUAAAUUUUGCUACGUUUUUCUCUUCUGUCAAUCGUGCGAUCGAUUGAGCAAGAAAAGAGCUUAAGUUUAGAAUAUUUAUGAUUUUAGUCAUUCAAUUGCGUAUCAUUUCUAACUUUUCGGCGGGAUGUACAGAGGGUUACAGUAGGGAUAGUUUUUAAUAUGGGAAUGUCGCUUUAUGACCGGCGAUAUGAGGAAAAAAUUAAAUAUGGCGAGUCAAUCUUAUAGUUCGAAAAAUAUUGCGACCUUCCUCUGAGAACUCAAUUUGUGAAGAAACGCUGAUCUGUGAAUGGUAAUGUAGUAUUCUUUAUUAUUUCAUUUAAGACGUGCCUCAUGUACAGUUAUGAAAGUGUGGUAAUAGCAACCUUUAAUUCAUAUAAUCUGUUAUCUCAAACCAUAUGUACCUGCAAUGAUUCAUGUGAUAUGCAUCCAAAUUCCUGUCAUGAUAUAAACUGUGCAGGGUGUUAUGCCACUUAAUGACAUACUGUACACUGUAAACCUCAUUGUGUGAUUUCUUGUAUUUUCCUUGACAUAAGACCAAACUAUAAAGUUUGCUUUUAUUUUAUAGACCUCGUAAUUCAAAAGAAAUCAAAGAAGGCUCGCCAUCUGUGGUCAAAUGCCAGCCAUCCAAACGGGAAAUUGUUGUUAAACAUGACAUUGGUAACACCACUUCUGUGUCAACAACAACAAAAACAUUCACAUUUGAUCGAGUAUUUGCCCCUGAAACUAAACAGAUUGAUGUUUAUCGCUCUGUUGUGGUGCCAAUUUUGGAUGAAGUUUUGAUGGGAUACAACUGUACAAUCUUUGCGUAAGUAUGAAAGAAUUACUAAGACAGUCGCUUCUACAUGUAAAUUAUGUCAUGUUGCAGGGCUGUGCAGUCAUGCUCAUGACCUUAAGUAACUGCUUGUGAUUUGACAGCAUUCAUGUGUUAUGAAUGUUGUCAACAAAUACUGUUCUUAAUACUGUAUAGAAGGGGGGGCCUAAUCACUGUGACCAGCCAAUCCCUAGACAGUAAUUAAUUGAUUCCAUAGCUGGCAAUCCCCAUGCAUUUGUGAUUCUGUACCACAUCAUUUAUAUCACUCGACAAGAGUAGCAGCAGUAACAUCUUUCGUGUUAUCAUAGUUAUGGCCAGACGGGAACAGGUAAAACAUACACGAUGGAAGGAGAGAGAAGUCAGGAAGAUUGCUCUUGGGAGGAGGUAUGUGAUUUGACUGUGAAAUCGUCACCACAUCUGGACUUCAAAACCUGGCUUUGUUUAUCUCUAAAGUGUUGUUAAUUUUUACCAUUGUUUACCUUAGGAUCCUUCAGCUGGAAUAAUUCCACGCACCAUGCAUCAGUUGUUGGAAAAACUCAACAGCCAAACAGUGAGUUUAUUUAUCAAGUUACACACCUACAUAUGGCAGUGAAAAUGCUGAAAGAAUCAUGGCAGCUUGGAGAUGAAAGCAAAAUAAUAAUUUAAUCUCAUGGUACUGGUAUUAUUGAAGGCUUCUUUUCACUAGCAAUGGACUCAGAAAACUCAGAAGCAUUGGGCAUUAUGAUUUUGUGAAAACAGUGUUAUGAUUCCGCUUACCUGCUAGCAAAAGAACUGAGAAUCAAUCACAAAUUGUUGGAUCCUGCAUGCAGCCUUGUGAUCAGUUCACCCUUCCACUUUUGCCUCCAACUCCGACAAAAAAGGUUUUUACCAUGAAUCCUGUUGCUGAGGACUACUGAGUCAUAAGAGGGGUCACUGAACAAAAUGAUGGAUUUUGGCUACAUGUAGGUCAUAAUAGCAGUGCUGUUUGUGACUCUGUUUUCUUUCGGGCUUUGUUACCUUGUUUAAAAUAAAAAUUAUUAUUGUAGGUCAAAUUUAAGUGUACUGUUAUUUUGACAGGCAAUACAAUUGAUGUUAAUUUGUGUUUCAGGAUUGUGAAUUCUCUGUCAGGGUGUCAUUUUUAGAAAUUUACAAUGAAGAGCUCUUUGAUUUACUGAGCCCAAGUUUGGACAAUCAAAAAAUGCGUCUUUUUGAGGAUUCCACUCGCAAGGUAAGACUUGCAGGAACAAUGAUCAACGACUAGGGCUUUCCAAAAAGAAUUCACCUGCAAAACCCUAGAGUUGUUCAAACACUAGUCAGCCCAGCCUCAUAUCCUGACAAAUGUGUAACAGCAAGCACAGGGUAUGAGUUGUCAUUGCAACUAAUCCCAACUAAUCCCAGAUAAUACUGACAAAAAAUUAUUAUUGUCAGUGCCAAUGUUGUUCUUCUAAUAAUUUGGGUUAGGGUGCAACAAAAGUCAUGUGACCCAUUAUUGCAUUGCAUUUGCAUUUGGGCUAGUGGAUUGUGUGCUUUACAAUUACUAGCCCGACGGGCAAGUGAAAGUCUUCGGGGAAAUUUUUCAAAUGGCCACAUAGAAUUUCAGUCAAAAGUUACUCAAUUCUGGUAAAAACCUGCAAACAAAAAAUCUCGGGCUAGCUGAAAUGGUGUUCGGGCGAGUACAUGCUAGUUACAAGUUUCCUGGAGGGCGGGCUGUUAAAAUGAUUUUCAUUGCACUGUGAUUUGAGUCCCAUUUUAGUUUAUAGUUUGGUUCUUUUUGGCUAGAUAAAGAUCAGAAAACAGCUACACUAUUAAACUUGAGUUAAAAGGCAUUUUUUGGCAAAAUUUCCUGUGGUGAAUGGUUAAAGACAAAUUGCUGGUUACUCUUGUCCUUUUGUUCUCACGGGACUGAGUACUCCAUCCAGCCUAAACAUUAAUGCUGUUAACUGUGCAUUUUAGGGUUCAGUCGUCAUACAAGGACUAGAGGAACUGGUGGUCCAUGAUAAAGAUGAUGUGUAUAAUAUUCUUGAGAGAGGCCGAGCUAAGAGGCAGACGGCUGCCACUCUAAUGAAUGCACAUUCUAGGUAAAGUAAUGACAAUGAGGGACGGCAUGUUUUAAACUCAUCACCAAUGUAUAGGUUAAGUGCCUGGUCAAACUGAGACAGCUGCAGGCGAGUGUGGCAGGUAACAAUUUUUUGGGCAUUAUAACCCUGUGAGAGGCAACCAACAGGUACCAUCACACUGUCACACGGAGGUUCUCAGUGGAGAGAAUUGCAGAUACUUUUACAAGGGAUGUCUAGAAGGAAGAGGGGACUGGUAGCAAAAACAGCUAAUAAAAGUGACUAAACAUUAAGGCAACAUGAUUGAAAUGGUUGACCUCAGCAAAAGCACUGUCUGUAAAAUUACAAGAGCCCUGCAAAUGCCCAGAGACUGCCCUACAUAUGAUUAAUGAUGGAGACUGCCAGCCAGCAGUGUCUCUUGUUUAACCUCUCCCAAAUUACAUUUAUAUAGCCACAUCAUACAGUAAAACUGAAUUCGUUUAAGGUGAACCUAAAGGCAUUCUCUGAUUGUUUCUUUGAGCAGUUUACAAUGUAAGAUUUGACUCAGCCGUAAUUUAUGUACAGACCAUACACAGAAUAAUCUGUUAUGUGUCUUUUUUCCAGUCGUUCUCAUUCACUGUUCUCGGUGACCAUUCACAUCAAAGAGAAUUCUGUCAGUGGUGAAGAACUAUUGAAAAUUGGCAAAUUGAAUUUGGUAAGCCUUGAUUGCCCUUGUUUACAUGCAGAAUUAAAAUCUAACCUAAUAGAUGUUUGUAAUUAUAAAUUACUUUUAGCUUGCUUUUGUGCAAGAUUAAAUGUAUCAAUACCACAUUAAUACUUUCUCUUUAAAUAACUGGAUGAUUAGAAAAAUCAAAAUUCUUCAAAGACACUAUCUUGCUACUCUGCAAAAGUGAAAGAGAAGUUGUAGAAAAAAUGUGGAUAACAAUAGGACUUUGAGCAGAAUAGAUUUUACUCUAAUCCUACAGAAUACACUUGCAACUUGUUUGUCAUUUUGUUCAGGUUGAUUUAGCAGGAAGUGAGAAUGUUGGCCGAUCAGGUGCUGUGGACAAACGACUCAGAGAAGCUGGUAGGAAAUUUUAUGAAUAGCUUGUUGAUGUAUUUAAUUUUUCAUCACAUAACUCAGAGAGCUGCUGUGAAGGAGAUUGACUGAUCGAGGCAAAAAACUGAAACGUACAGUGCAGAGUCUUUAGCAAAGAGAUUUGUUUUUUUUACAUGCAUUUAUUGACAGGCACAAUCAAUCAGAGUUUGCUGACGCUUGGAAGAGUGAUCACAUCACUAGUAGAAAGAGCGCCUCACAUACCUUACAGGUACUCCCUAUGUAAACUUUAAUUCAAUACUUUCAAUUUUAUAUGCAUAAAAAUGAAUGUAUAAAUAAACUAGAUUUAAAAACAGUGCUCUUGCAAGUAUUUGUUCUAAGUGUUGAAAAUAUAAUGAGCCAUUUGAAAAAGCAAGUUUUUAGCAUGGAUCCAGAUGUUAUCUGUGAUUUCAAACUCACUAACUGCCUAAUAGCAUGUUUAAAGAUUUCAAUGUUUAUUAUUAUUUAACUGAUUAGAAAUAAAAAAAAUUUCAUUAAAUGAAAAUUUAUCUUUUUGAAUUUAUCUUUUAAUUACAGAGAAAGUAAACUUACCCGGCUGCUGCAAGAUUCUCUUGGAGGACGAACAAAGACCUCAAUAAUUGCCACCAUCUCACCAGCCCUUUGUAACUUGGAGGUGUGCUACAGAAUUAGCUUCUAAGUUAUGAAAUUGUCUUUUUUCACAAUACUUUAAGUUGCUUUAUUUAUAUGCAGUGUGAUUGUUAUAGUAAAAUUUUGACUAACUGUUUUGGGUUUAUGUGUUAUUGUUACAGGAAACACUCAGCACUCUUGACUAUGCUCAUAGAGCAAAGAACAUCUUAAACAGACCUGAAGUCAACCAGAAGCUAACCAAGAAAACUCUGAUCAAGGUAAACCAUGAUCUUCUGAAUUCAUUGGUCUCACAGUUUUGUUUUGACCAUGAAAUGGAAUGCAGUGAUUCUUAAAAUAAUAUAAAAUACCACUAUUAAGACAUGUCAUGUCUAAUAUAUACCCUCUUGAAAGACUGUAUUUACAACGUGAUCAGGGCUGCUACAGCCCUGUGUGAUAUUUGAACCCCUCUUUUUAUGAAAACCACGCCUAACAUAACCAUAUUCAGCAGACACAUUUUCUCAUGUUUUGGCACGUCUCAUAUAUCAAUGGAAUGUAAUGAUGAGAUAGAUAUGAUUUUUGGAUUUCAGGAGUACACUGAAGAAAUUGAGAAGCUUAAAAAGGACCUCUUGGCUGCAAGAGAGAAAAAUGGCAUUUAUAUUGCUGAGGAAAAUUACCAGUAUGUUUUCUUUAAUCAAUGGGUUUAUGACAAUACAUUAGACAGUAUUAUUUUUAAGUAAGUCAAUAGUCUUCAUCUCUCCAAAGUAGAUAGCAUCAGAGCAGGGCUGCAAAUAUGUUUUUUUUGAAAGGACAUCAUGUCCUACUAAGACACCAUCUGGAUCGGAUAAAACAAAUUUUUGGUCUGAAAUCGCCACAAAAAAGGUUUGAACAAAAGCAUCAUGCCACCUUUUGGGUAAAACAGAAGAUAUACUAUGCUAAUGUAGAAUUCCGGAAAUUUCCGUGUGUACGUCAAAUGGAACUGGGACCAUUUCAGUUUUGUCCGACCAGAAUAUUCAAGACCAGCUUUGAAGGUGGUCUACGUUAACCGGUCCGGUUAUCUCCGUCCGUCGGGCCGAAAUGUCCCUUUCCAUUUGACAAAAUUGUUGUCCCCAGUACCGCUCUUUUGUAUCCUGCUUACAAGAACAAUAACCAAACGCGAGGAGGCUUGUGUCGGGUCUAUAAAAAUUCAAAUUUUUGUUGAAUGGAAACCGCCCACUAUUUUGAAAAAAAAGGAGCAGUCUCCCAGAUAAAAAAAGACGAUAUGAAUCAAUCUUUCUUUUAUUUGAUACAGUGCCAUGCAGCAAGAAAUCAAAUCUCAACAUGAGCUGAUUGCUGAAAAAGAAGCUAAAAUCACAGCUCUUGAGGACGAAAUGAGAAAGUUAACCGACCUUUUUACAGACACACAACAAGAACUUGAAGAAAGAUGCGUGGAGUUGGUUGAAAAAGAAACUCAGCUAAGCAAGACAAGUCUUAAACUGCAGCAAACUAAAUGUACGCUUAAAACAACAGUCGCUAAAAGAGAUGAGAAUCAGUUCCUCGUGGAUGAACAUAGCAGAAACGAACGGAAAUUGCAUUCGCAAGCUGAAAACCUUCUGUCUGUUGUUAAAGACACGGUGUCUCAUGUGGAUGGACUUCACUCAAAACUUGAUCGCAAGCAUAGUGUUGAGGCUCACAACUCAAAUGCUCGAAAUUCGUUCGGAACUGACUGCAAGGGAAUGGUUAAAGCAGUCAUGAAGAAUCUGAACCAUUUCCAAGGAGAAAAUGUCGUCUUCUUUGAUGCAAUGAAGAAAACAUUAGGUAAGAUGACAUACUAAAACCGUGAAGAAUUUAUUGAUGUCGUUCUCUCAAAGGCGUCAAUAAAAUUCGGUGGCUCGUACCGUAUGGAAUCAAUCGCUGUAACUCACCAUGGUUCGUAAGUCUUGAAAAGGUCUUGAAUUUUACUAGUCAUCUUGAAAAGUCCUUGAAUUCGGUUUAGGUCCUUGAAAAGUACUUGAUUUCUUUAGUAGGUCUUGGAAAGUCCUUGAAAUUCACAACCAUGUCUAAAAAAUUAGAUUAAUUAGAUUAUUAAAAUAAGAUUAUUUUGCCAAGGAAAAUUUGGCUCAUCCUUGGUGUAACAACCCGUAAAACUCAGGUGUAACGUAAAAGCGGUUGUGUUCAUGAGCAAUAUUUUAUUUCUGUUUCUUUAUUUCAAAUGUUGUUUCUGUACCUUAGAUGCAAUUGCAAGUCAUACCCAGUCGUUGUGGAAAGUAGUAUGAAAUAAUGUGAUCAACGAUGGCUGAAGAAGUACAAAUCAUAAAUGACUCCAUGACCUGUUUUAGCCAAUAGGGUGAUCAAAGGGGGUUAAAGAAUGCCGAUUUAUUAUUCCUUCAAAAUCCUUGAAAAGUCCUUGAAAUUCGUUUGUUUGAAGUUGUACGAACCAUGCUCACUAAAAAAUGGCAAAAGGUUAUGGAUAGGAAUCCGGUCCGAUCCUGGUUUUGUCAACGGUUUUUCACAUGGUAUUCGGAGACCAUUUUGUGCCAUAAAAACUUGAGAGAAUUUUACCCUGUAAAAUAUAACUGAGUGUCCCGAAAAUUUGUGGACAAAUUCAAAUGUUGAUUUAAGAUGUUUCCUUUUUGUUGUUGUUCUGGUUGUUUUAUUGAACAGAGAACCUUGUUUCAAAGAAAAAAGAAGAAUCCCAGAAACUUGAGCAACAAGUUCAAAUGUUCACGGAUAGCGUGGCUUCUCAAAUGCAAGAAAUCUCUUUCAGAGAUCAGGUAGUUUUUACUGAUUGUUUAAUUAAGGUUCACGCUCUAAGUCUAAAUAACCCUGUUUAGUAAAUAUAUUUUUUUGCCUUUUUCUUAUUGUUAACAGUGAUGUUUACAUGAUGGUACGGGAUAGUCACAGGUGUUUAAGGCAUUUUGUUCUUUCAUUUUUAGGAGCAAGUUGAUGCUAACGCCACAUUGUACAGCACCAGUUCCAGUAUAAAUCAAGAUAAAAAGGUGCCAUUACCGUUUGUGCAUGUUUUUCUGGAGGCUGCUGUAAACUACCGUUGAAUACUGAGAUGACGAAGUUCUCAGGGACUCGUAAAAUAUGCUUGUUAUGACGGGUAUAUCUUUUAGCCGGGUGUUUUUUAGGGCGAAGAGUGCGGUGCACGCCUUUGAUGCUAUCCUUGCGACCACACUCGCAUGCGACCAGCUUUAGUUUAAUACUAACAGCAUUAUGGAACCCCGUUUGAACCGUGACUUAAGCUGUGUGAAGAAGAGACCAGAAAAGGGCGCGGCUGUCUUUAAAAGGCGUUAUUCGGCUAAAAGCUCUCGUAUAGACGACUACUCUCGAUAAAGUUUAUGUUUUGGUCGCUUACUAAAGCUUUGAUUCUAUAAUUAAUCAUUCCUGGGUCAUUGUUAUAAUUUAUUGGGUCACCUCUGAAGUUCUUAAACUAAGACAUAAAAUUCUAAUGGUUUUGAUGUUAUAUUUCCCAGGAGAACAUUUCUUCAAGUUUAAAUACACUAAGGAAUGAGGAGUUUCUCCCAAAAAUGAGAGCUCUUGAAAAUUCCGUGCAGUCAAUGACGAAUUUUCAGGAGCAGCUUAUGGUCUUCUUCACUGAUAAGGUGAAUGCUUAAUUUUCUGCUGAACAUAUUUACAUGUAAAAAGGCUGAAUUUUGCCCUUUUGACCGGAUUUACUAUUACAUGAGUUUUUGCAGUUCUUUUAAUUUGAUUUUACGAUUUUAUAUAAUGCACAUUUCGCGCUUCUUUCAGAAUUUCACUACAGCUGUACAAGCUAGUAAAGCUUAAAAUUUCUCGUUUUUGAAAAAUCGCGUAAGAAUUUAAAACGAAAGGUACAUUGUAUUUUAAAGCUUCAUUCUAUUUUGCUGGUCGGAUAAGCGUUCAAAAUUUAUUUUGCUUUCUAAAAAUUCAUAACGCUUUGUGAUUUUUUAGAUGAAUCAGUUUUCUUCAAUGGUCAAAACCUUUGUGGAGGGUCAGGGAUCAAUGAUCGACAGUUUAGAAGAAAUGAUUGACAGGCAGUCUCAGGAACAGGUAAGUCAAAUUUUGUUUGAAUCUCUUUGGCGAAACCUUCUUUAUGUACGUUGUACAAUGCACCUUGAAACACAAUAGGUGUAAUGGGAACCAAAGAAGAUUCGAAAACCGUGAUAGGAAACAUUAAGCGGCAUCUAUGUUAUCCAUUCACUAGCAUUAUUGUAAGUAUCUCCAGUCUUUAAAAAGGUCUCGCAUUUUUACAAGAUUGCAGCGAAAGGUUUACCCGAAAUAUUAAUAAAAAUAACCGUUUAAAGUCAACUUUCUGUGAGACAGACAUAUUUGUAAAGGCCAAUUACAAAUUCCUGAGACUGUACAUUCAACUUCCGUCACGUUUGGCAUGUCACUGACAUCAUCGUUUUUUUUUCUAUCCCAGCGAAAGCCAUGCAUUUACUUUUAAGUCAAAGUGAUCGACACUCACUACCAGUUAAAAUUAAACAGCUCGACCUUAAUGCACUCAGAAUGAAAUAAAUCCUUCAUGCAUUAUUGAGAUGUCUCUUUUUUUAAAGGCCCAAGCUUAUGGAGACAUCGUCACUCACACAGAUUCUGUUAUGACCAACCAGAAAGUCUUAAUAAAGGUAAUGCAUGUGAAGUGCUCUUCCUUUGUGAUUGCUAAUAAAUUGUAGCUUGCAUGGAAAUGCAUAGUGUAGUUUCACAAGACUCGCACAAUGGAAGUGAGCCUGCUCGCAGGCUAUCCUCGAUAAGUCAUCGUUUAUGAGCGGAUUUUGUUUUCUAUGUUUUCAAAGGAACUACAGCAGACGUUUUUCAAAGAAGUGAUGUCAUUAUUUCAGGACCUGGUGGAUCAACAGACUGAUAAACUAACAACUGAUACUGGAAAGGUGAAUGGCAGAAAAACCGAACCCAAGUUGUACUAUUUGUGUCAAUAUUCUUUUGAUUCAAGCUGAAUCUUGAUCUACUUUACGUGUAGAACACUUCAAAAUUCUCAAAAGUCCGAGCGUCAAUUAAAAACAGAAACUAUCCUCAGAAAAUUGCCAGGCGGUGUGCGUCACGGCCCACAAAGGUUCAUGGGUAAAACUGUUACUGUGCCUCAUUUCAAUCGUGACACGGUCGAGUUCGCGUCUCGUAAGAGAAAUGAAUCAAACCCAGGGAUCAAAACACUGCUGCCUUUUCCGAAAAACAUUACUGAAGAGAGCGAUUUCGAGAAUUUUCAAGAGCUCAUAGUGGCCUUAGAUGCUUGCUAUUGGCUUCAUAAGGCAAUUUCAAGAAGUUUAUCGCGAUUCGGAGACGAUCGUGCGAUCGAGCCGACUUUGAGCGGCGACUAAUUUCCUGCUUCUCCUAAGAUUUUAUGUACUGUUUGGUUUAUAUGUAGGUUUUUAUCUCAUAGUGAAAGAGAUCUGUAGUUCAUACCUGGAUUUGCUUAACUAAAAAAAAAUUCGUCCAUUAGAAGUGUUUAUAUAUUUGAUGGACUUUGUUACCGGCAUUAAGCAGGGGGAGCGCGUGCAAACAGCAAGGUGAGAAAUCGUCUCUCAUAACAAUUUUAUUUUCAUCGACAAGUUUAUAUUAUUUUGAAAACAGUGCCCGUUUGAAAUCCUUAUGCGCAAAUAAAUCUUCUAUCAGGCAAGGGGAAAACAGACCGAAAGAGCCGAACAGCUGCAGCACAAUCGGAAUUUCACCGAAGCUACAGCCGCAGAAAUAAACAGUGAAAUAAACCACGAUCUUGUCUGUGCGGUCAUAUUGAAGUGAGCGCAGUAUAUCGAUCUUGUUAUAAAGUAAAACCUAACCUCACAGUUUUAAAAUCCUGUAUGGUGUUGUCUGGAUCUUCGAUAAUGGUUUUGUGUUUUGGUAAAGAUUUAUAACAAUUUAUUCCCUCACAUAAAUUUACACAAAGAUUUGCAUACACGUAGCACACACCGCAUGCAAAUUAUUUUAAAGUCACGCUUUCAGUUUCCGCACUGGGUUAUGAAAAAUGUUUUUUUUCCAAAGGUUAUUACAAUAUUCAAACUUAUUUACCUUUUGUGCUUAAAAUAGAGCAAACUCUUCCUGGAUUUGGCGUUACUCGCUUCACGUGGGCUUCCGCUUCGGCAUAUUUUCUCAGCCCGUUUCCCGGGAGUUGUGCCAUUUGGCUGAGACGAUGUCUUAAUUCCAAGACACUUUCAACGGCUCAUAACGGGAAAACUAACAGGGGUAGACCCGGGUAGACCCCGAAAUUUGCAAAGAAGAAAGGCUGAAGUAACAAGAUGGCCAAAAUAAUUCGAUAAAACCGCUAACAGUAACCAGCAAUAAAUCCAAGAAGAACGGCAAAAACAACACUCAAAUCAUCAUGGCGGCCUGCACAUGACCGAGCAAUUCAAACUUGUCACAAACGCUCAAGAAAGCAAAAUAUUUAAAAGUAACGCAACUGCUCUCACGAUGAAGUGUUCCAACAACUUUUCACGGCGGUAUAGUGUCGAAAUUACCAACACAAGCUUAAAAUAAAGCGAAAAUUUCACCACGUAUACCUCUGAAAACAGCUCUUUCAGAGCGCGAAAAACACUCUACAAAUGACGCAUUCUGAUUGGUCGAAUCUCGUGACGCACACCGCCUGGAAAAUUGCCGUAGUCAAGCAAAUCAUCGUCAUUGUAAUUGCAUGCAAAUUUUUCUCCCUUUUCGUUAGCCGAGGGUCCGCCAUGUGUUCUUAACAUGUGACCUGCAAACAUUGUUCUGCUCAUGCGCAAUGCCGUCCAACUAAUAUUCUGCUCAUGCGUGAAUGAAACCACUCUUUUCUCCUUCUUGCGUCGCUUUGCGUGAAAAUGGCAAAGUAGCAGAUAUUCAUUUUUAAAAAAAACUCGGCGACCGAAUUUAACUCGGUCUUCGCAAAAUAUCGUGAUUUGUUACUAACUGGUAGAUCACGAUAUUUUUGCUCGACCUCGUGCAGUAAUUGUUAAUCAUGCAUCGAACGACAUUUAGAUUCAAACCUGUCGUCGUCUGCAUGAGUAUUGUUUUACCAUUUAUGAACUACUUACCAAUUUAUGAACGCUGCGGUCGCCUCGGAAACAGCAGAAACCUUGUGAACUUUUCAUAUUCUUCUUAUCAUGCCAUGACGGUGUAGAAACCAUCCAAAAUGGCACACAAAAUCAGAUUCAGUUUAAGAAGAUACUUAUUUUUUACGGUUACAUUUUUCAUUUUGAGCGGUUCUUAACAUGAUUUUUGUUUUUAUGUUUACUGGUCGGAGUGGGAUGUUUUUUAUCUCCCGAAGAGAGAUGUUUCCAAAGUUAUUUUAUAUAUAUAUGUUUUUAUGAGUACUCAAUUCUUUAUUUCAUUUAAAGCUGAAAGAAGUCACGACAGAAGCUCUUAAAGGUGCGGAAUCAACACGUACAAAUCUAAGAAGGUUAGAAGAAAGUUCGGAUUUUUAAAGUUUAUGGUUUAUAAACUAGCAAAGUAUCCAUUCAAUCUAACUUGGAAUCUUGUUUUUAUGUUAGUUACUGUGAUUCUUUGAAGAAUUGCGCCUCCCAGUUCUCUGAAAACUGCGUUCAAACUGUCAACGACAACAACAGUGAGGCACAAUCCAAAUUCCAACAGGUAUGAAACAUUUAUGAAGUUAAUAGUUAGUUAAUAGUUUUUUGGGGUGAUCAUAGAAGUACGCGUGAAUAGUAAAACGAAAGGUCUGGAGCGUGGAAGAAAACGGAGAGCUAGACUGUGGAGAGAUGCUCGCACACUUCGCGGGUCUGACACUCGCACGCCGCAUCGGCGCUUCGUGCGUUUUAAAAAACGAUUUUGAAAACAAAAAACCGACUGUAUUGUUGUCUAUGGUUGAGAGAAGGAAUGACUCUCUAAGAUGUUAGUCGUUAAGAAGAAUAAGCAUGCUUUUACAUACCAAAAUUCUGAAAACUUGAUGAGUUGUAUUUACCCUAAAUGUUUGAUGGCCAUUAAGAAAGCCUUAUUUUUGGUUUCAGUUGUUAGGAGCUAUGAUAUGAUAGCACUAUACAUGUCCGCUGAAUAAAUAUUAUCGCCUGAAUAGCGAUUUAUUAUCAUCCAACCUGUUGACAAUGUAGUUCCAUAAUUUAAGCAGAUUAACCUGAUGUUGCAACUGCUUAACCCAAAUGGCCUCGUCUAAACAUGUAUUUAACUAAGAGUAUUGACGAGGUUUUCCUCUCUAGGGCGCGGAGCAGUUGCAGGCGACCGCAAAUCUUCAUAAAGAAGUCGAGGUGGAUGUUGUUAAUGCUUCUCACAAAGUUGACGAGGUAUGUGAGAACUCAGUCCGGCAAUGCUCCAAAAACUAUUGCUUCUUUGGUUCACAUGUAUCAGAUAGCCGCAUAGGGUAUCAUGUUAAGAUUGUUCGUUAAGAUUGUUUCUCUUAGUUUCCGAUCUUUUUUGUCUUUGUAGCUGGCUGGUCAGUGGAAAAACAUGUUGAAUGAAUCCUUUACCCAGCACAUGGACGCCAUCAAGUCUUGUUCGACGAAGCAGCAGUGCUCUGUCAAGGUUUAUUUGCGUGAUAUUCUUCUCCCUUACGUUAACCUGCGAUCAGGCGAUUUUUUUUAUGGGGGGUGGGGGGGAUACAUAGUAUUACAUAUAGUUUUUUUUUUCCUCCCCGCGCAAAAAAAAACAAAACAAAAAAUCGCCUGAUCGCAGGUUACCCUUACGUUUUCCUGGAUUUUCUCGCUUCUGUUUAUGCUUCUCUUCUUCGUUUUUCAACAUUUCAUCUCGUUGCUCAAAUGAGAUUCUCUAUGUUGAGUCAAAUCACAAACUGGGGGGACAAACACGAACUUUACUAGGCGCGAGUCUUUACUUACUUGUUUUCUGAAUUUACUGUAAAUGGGAAAUUAGGCAAAUGUGACAACUAAUAACCCUGUCGAUACGAGGAAAAAUGUUUGUAAAAUGUUUUUUCAUUCGCUGGCUUACACACCGCGGCCACAGGGGCAACCUUUCAAACUGGCUACAUAAAAACUGGCACCACUUCCUCUGCAGCUUUUGCUCUACUUACGAUUUAGUCACUGAAAUGUAUCCGUCGCCAGUUAAAAGAAAAUUGUUUGUAUAGGUAUGUAGAGAAGAAGUUCAACAACACCUGACUGACGUGCAGCAUGCACUUAAUUGCCAUGGUAACACUCUAGAUGAAAUGGCGGCAACUCAAGAGACACAACUUACCAACCAAUCAGAAGCUGUCAGCGCAUGGGCAUGUGACCAAAGCAAACGUAUGGAGCAAGUUGAUACCAGAGUCAACACGUUUUUGGUGGAUGAACUUAAAGACGACCUUCCUACGGGUUUGUUUUACUUUUAUUAGCCUUGUGAAGAAUCAAGGAAAAUGACUGAAAAAAGACAGGGACCAACCAAUCAGGGACUGGGGGGGGCUUGCUUGUUUUUUUUUGGUUUGUUUGUUUGUUUUUCGGUUUUCGUCCCCUCCAAUAAUAUUGCAUUUCUAGAAUCGUGGAAGUGAACAGUGUUCUAUGAGGGACAUAGCCACAUCGUGCCCAUCCCUUGUGUUCCCUCGUGCUUCUUAGCCUUAAGUUAACGACUGACAUAUUUUUACUCCAGGCUCCACGCCUCAGAGGUGCCCAUUCAACUUCCCCACGAAGCUUGUAAGAACUGAACCUCAUGACCAGCUAAGGCAAAGAUUCUCAGCCAGUUAUGAGAUGCCAUUUUCACCGGAGCCUGUACCUAUCAAGGUAUGUGUAUCUUUUAAUUUUCUGUUGUAAAAGAUAACGGCUCCGUAAAAUCCUUCCCCGUCCAGACAUUUCAGCUGGCCAUUUUGAGCAAUUUUCUAAUUUCACCGUUUUCUCUCACCCGGCAAAAGUGCUACCGUGGUCACUGGUUUCGUAUCUUCUGAGAGACACACUGCGGAAGCUAAUUUGAUAGAUGGCAGGGAUAAAGAAUAUAAACCCACAAAAGGCGUUGCUUGUGAAUGACCAAAGCGACAUUAUGCAUUUACCAUUUGUUUGGCAAAAAGCAGGUUGGUAAGAAAAGAGUCUUGCCAUUCAUUUUAAACCGAAAAUAUUGUGGUUGUCGCGAAAAGCGUGUCUAAAUACGCCUUUAUGAAAACUACAAUAAUAUACUUCGUUGUCCCUCCAAAAUUUUGCAUAAGCAUUGUUUUUAAUCUCUCUUGGGACAUACAAUCAUCCAACAGAAGGGACAAGAAAUAGUAUUAUGGUAUUUUUGAAAAAAAGGCGUAUGGACAAACCAUAGGCAUCAAAUAAAACAUCAAAUGAGACGACACAUGUUUACCAUUUCAAAGGCCAAAUACUGGUCAGAAUAGAAACAUCCUCACCAUUUAUUUUCAACUUAAAAUAUUGUGACUGCCUCGAAAAGCGGGUCCAAAUAGACCUGCCACAGGCAACGAAUGAGCGAAGUUAAACUUUGCGGUAACAAAAAUACCCCUAAGAAAUUUUGCAAGGGCGGAAUGUCAGGACACCAGCACUUAUUUAUCAUUUUCCUCUGCAGAGUGUUUCAAGUGAAGAAGGAGUUCCAGUAUUUGAUUUGAGCCGUGGUAGCACUCGUAGCACCGUUAGUUCUGAUAAUGGCGUGUACCCGCUACAUGCAAGUGAGAGCGAUGCUCUUGUUCCUGAUUAUGACAGUCUUGAGGAAGGCGAAUCUGCGGCAGAUGAACCGGUGUUUGUUGAACCUCGGGUAAGAAUAACUCCGCUUCAUCUAUUUACUUGAUUAUCAAAAGAUUUUUUUGUGAUUACUCUAGUGGUUCAUUGCCAUGCUUUGUGAUUUUCCAUUUUACGCACCAUUUUAUGCGCCAUUAUUUUAUGCUCCAACUUGCUCUCCUUUUCCCGCGCCUCGCUUGACACCAGUUACCUAUAAUUCGAGUUGUGACUGGUUCAUUUUGAAUGUCCGCGUUUCAUUUAAGGUCACAGUUAACUAGUUUGGUUUUUGUAUUGAAAAAAAACAGUGCCAAAAACGGCGGUUUUCAUUAUCAUGAACACUAUACGUGACAGUUCGAAGCAAAAGUUCAACCCAUGAAUGAGUUAAAAAGGCCUGCUAAACAAAAAAUUGAAGGGGAGAAUUCGCUCACUUCUUGUUUUUAUUUUUUUGCCAGCCUGUUACAGCUGCAGCCCGCGGUAAAGGCGUGUCAGCGAACACACCCAAAGAUAAAGAGAAUAGAGAGAGACCGCUGACUAAAGCUUCCAGUAUUCCUAACCUUGCAGUCAGCAGCAAGAUUCCAUUAGUAAAUAGAUCCCAAACGCCAGUGGAACGAGUAAAGCGUCCUUUGAAAGCAAUGAACACAUAGUAAAUGAACUGGAACUUCGUGCUUUUGCUUAUCAGACCUAGAUGUAUAUAUAACAGUAACGAAAAUGUUGAUAUGUGUUCAUGUUCAUCGGAUUCGUCGAGCUUUUUAUUUCGUGGGGUGGUCGUUGAUCAAAGCUGUGUUCAUUAACUGUACAAGAAUGGAUGAUAUUUAAAUAAGGUCUUUAAUUAACGUUAUGGCUGCUUUUUACCGGUGGAACAUACGCGGGUAUGAAAGCAAAAUGUAAAACUAUUUACGCGACUGUGGUAGUUAGAUGCCCUAGUCUGGUAACAAAUGAAUGUGAAGAACUGAAGUGAGGAAGGACCGUAGAAUCUGUUUAUUGUUUCUGUUAGUUUGAUAAGGUAACACCUUGUACCUAGAACAAUUCUGGGAUCAUCUAUUGUGAUAAAAAUAACUUGCUAUGUCGUGAUUUACAAAUGUUGGAACCACGUUUAAUUACACACUAUGUGCGGAGAGUACUGCAAUAUGCAAAGUAAUCCUGGUUCAUGUGAAUAGGGAGAUAUGCAAAGGUCGCUAGUUAUAUAAAAAAAAGUUGCCAGGUUUUUCUUUUUUGAAAGCCUGAUGAGGAGGUUAAAGACGAAUUUACCGUAAAAAAGGGUGAACUACUGGUGGUUAUAGAAGUUAAGUCUAUGAAUAGGAGGUACUAUGCAUUUUUAACGCCAGCAGAAGCUACGAUCUGAUUUUUUUUACGGCUGACCUUGCUAAUUGUCACAGUGGUUAGUUGUAGCUUUCCUAGUGAAAUGUCCCAUUUUUGCCCUUGGAAGAUCUCGCUUGUGCACCAAAAUAGUUGCCUUGUCGGUAGGAAUUUCUCCAGUCGGUAAAGCGCGAGAAAAUAGGCAGCAAACAACAACAAUUAGUUGAGAGCGAGAAAGGGAAGGAUCGAAAUUUUCACUAGCGCAAUUCGCUGCAGACCCCUCAGAUCAAUUAGUUUGCUGGCUAUAAUCACUAGCCUGAGAGUACAGCUGUAUUCGCAGGCUGUACAAUCACAUGCGAUAUUUUUUUAUAGUUAAGUGAUAACUUGUGCAUAACCAACAGCGAAAUUCUAAUAAAUCAC